CCCGAAUAUUCCGUCUAAAUUUGACGGUAAGUACUCGCUUCCUGAAGCGGCCACAGUGAGCCAGCGAAAUUGGCGGAAAAAUUAGGCCAAAGGAGGGAAAAAACACGCCUAUUUCGCUGUCUCUCUCCUUCUUCUUCUCCUCCGAGCGCGCUGUGCACCCAUAGAAGAAGAGCGGCCGUCGGCGGAGGCGACUGUUAGGGUUUCCAGAUUGUGCGGAAUUCCUCAUUGUAUUUAAAGUGCCCAAAAUGGUUGCACAGAAGUUCACAGUAGACUUGAGUAAGCCUCUCGUCUUUCAGGUCGGUCAUCUUGGGGAAGCUUACCAGGAAUGGGUUCACCAACCUAUUGUUAGCAAGGAAGGCCCGCGAUUUUUUGCAAAUGACUUCUUGGAGUUCCUAACAUGCACUGCAUGGUGGGCGAUUCCAGCCAUUUGGCUGCCAGUUGUCUGCUGGUUUGUGACCAUGUCUAUGAGAAUGGGCCAUACAAUCCCUGAAGUAGCUAUGAUGGUUGGGACUGGAGUUUUUGUGUGGACACUCAUUGAAUAUACUAUCCAUCGCUUCCUUUUCCACAUGAAAACACAAACUUACUGGGCAAAUACAGCACAUUAUCUUCUACAUGGAUGCCAUCAUAAGCACCCUAUGGAUGGACUCCGCCUUGUUUUCCCUCCUACUGCCGCAGCUAUUCUUUGUGUGCCGUUGUGGAAUCUGGUUAAACUUUUUGCAACCCCAUCCACUGCCCCUGCCUUAUUUGGAGGUGGUCUUUUGGGUUAUGUUAUGUAUGAUUGCACUCACUAUUAUCUUCACCAUGGACAGCCAUCCAAAAAUCCAGCUAGAAAUCUCAAGCUGUAUCAUAUGAGCCACCACUUCAGAGUUCAGAACAAGGGUUUUGGGAUAACUUCUAAACUAUGGGACAUUGUGUUUGGGACAUUGCCUCCAUAAAAAAUCUCUGGGAAAAACCAGUUGAUUUUUUUUGCUCAAUAGUUUGAGGUCUUGUAAUUUAUCAAGGUAAGUCUCUAUUCACCGUUGCAUAUCUGAAAUGAUUUUGGUUUUAUGAUUGUAUUAUUGUUAAUUAUGGUGCUAGCUUUGCCAAUUCUAGGAGUUUUUUUGUAUCCCUAUUUUUCCUUUGUGCAAUUCUUUCUUGCAGAUCGCUUGCAAAAUUUGGCUGGCCAUUUUUAUGGAUUCUAUGAAUGAUUUCAGUAUAGAUACUCCUAUUCCCAUGUUUAGGAUCCUUGACCGAUCUCUGUACCCAAGCAUUACUUUUAAAACUUUCUUUUGUGAUGUGCACUCCAUGGUAUAACGGAUUACCAUCAUGUGAUGGACCUGAUUGGAAUUUGGAAGGCAAUAGCUGGCAUGUCAUGAGUUGGUUAUGCUAUUUAUCUGAGUCUGGUUCAUCUCUGCAAAGACAGCGGGUUCUCAUGUGAAGCGGAACUCUACUAUUUUGGAGUUGGGUUGUAGACCAUAUUUUGCACAGGUAACUCGGGGAUUUGGUCAGCAAUCCUUCGUGAUGAGGAUUUUGUAAUGUCAGUGGAAAAAAAAAAUUGAAUGAGAGCUUAUAUUGACCGCUUAAUUUUUUGUUCUAUAUGAUGGGGAUGUUUGUUCUGUUAACAGUUAGGAAUAGCUAAAAUCAUGCCUGAACUGAUUGGUAAAAGGUUGAACUAAAUAUUACAAUCCGGAAUGUGGAAGUAGCAUCCA